CAAAAAUCCGUUUAACAAUAAAGUUUAAAAAAACAAAAUAUAAAAAUUACUUUUGACAGUUUUCCGUCAAAUAUUUUUCUCUUCAUUCCCAAAGUUAAUUGACAAAUCUUAGAACUAGUUAUUGUAAUUAAGCUCAAUGUUUUGAAUGUACAACAAGAAAUUGGAUAAAUUUACACGAAAUUUAGAUAAUAUUAAUAACAGAUAUGGCGGAUUUGAAGAAAGAUUUAGAUGAAUAUUUACUCCUGCAAAGUGAUCAGAAGAAAAAUUUCAAAAUUCAGAUGCCAACAAUCCCAGCACCAAAGAUAACAGGUUGGUUUAAAAAGAAUCAGCCUGAAGAGACUGAGUCAUGGUACCAAGAAACGAAAAGAGAAUGUUGUCCAAGCCUGUCCAGAUUUCAACGAUUCACACUAUUUGGAAUAUGCAUUUGCAUGGGCAUUCUUUGUUUUAGCAUAUCAUUAAUGUACAUCCCUGUAUUACUAUUUAAAGCUAGAAAGUUUGCCCUGUUAUUUACAUUAGGCAGUAUAUUUUUUGUUUUAAGCUUUUUCUUCCUUUGGGGUCCAAUAGCAUAUUUAAAACACAUGUUUACAAGAGAGAGGAUAUUUUUAACACUGACUUAUGGAGGCACAUUAUUUGCAACAUUAUAUUGUGCCCUGCAUUUGCAAAGUACUCCAUUCACUGUUCUGUUUGCUGUGGGGCAAAUUGUUUCAUUGUUGUGGACUGUGAUUUCGAAUGUACCAGGUGGUACAACUGGUUUAUCCUUCAUUAGUGGAAUGUUUAAGAGGUCUGCUAGCUCAGCAUUACCAAUUUAGUGUUUGGGACAAUUAAUUUGAAUGUUGGACAUUAUUAAUGUGUUAUAAAAUGACUGAAAUAAAACAUUUUAUUUACCUAUUCUAA